UUCAUUUCUGUAUUUUAUUUUUCUAAAGUUUUUAUAUUGCUCUCUUUAUACUAUUAUCCACUCCAAGAAUUCCAGAGGCUCUGUGCAGUUAAAAGCUAGGGGAAAAUAAUUCAUAAUAAUCGAUAGAAAAAUUGUAAAGGUUGAUGGUGAAGCAGUUUGUGAUCCAAAAAAACGCUAUUGGAAUCAGCCGUGAGGAGAUGCGAAGCUCCAUUCCGAUGUCAGUCAUGGUUACGGAUCGGGGAGAGACUAUGGUCUGCCCAAAACCACGACGUUUGGGUCUCUUAAAAACCUCCUUCAACGGCCACCCUGUUCGGUCUCCUAGAUGGCAACUUAGUGAUCAAGGGGAGUUUUGUGAUUCAAAACCAGGGAACGAUGUUUUGGAUAUGAUUCUUACAAAGGGUGGUUGUGGAGUGGAGGAAAGUCGUACACAAGUAGGGUCACCGCCCCCAUUUUUUUGUGGGUCGCCGCCGAGCAGAGUAGCUAACCCAUUAAUUCAGGAUGCUCGAUUCGGGGAUGAGAAGGUCGUCACCUCACUUUCAUCGCUGUCGCCGACUUUAGGCUUGUCCCCCUCUCCAUCAUCCGGUUCAAGGAAAGGUAGCUGUGUUCGGGCAAGUUUUGGUAACAAACCAGCGGUGAGAGUUGAGGGGUUUGAUUGCCUUGACAGGGAUAGCCGAAAUUGCAGCAUCCCUGCACUGGCUUAGAA